UUACAAUUCUUGUUCAAAACUCAAUUUUUUCCAUACGUUGAGUGUAGCCUUCUCUAAAUCAGCGUUGAUUCUCAUCAAUAUCGUUAAUUUCGUUGGGUUAUCAUCUACUAGAUAGAAUGCUGUUUGCUCCUAGUUGAUCCAUAAUUUGUUCAGAAAACAGAAUCAUCUUUUAGUCAUUCCUAGAGAAUUCUAAGUUUGUAAAGAUGUAAUUUAUAUGCUUAAUGAAUUUGUGCUAGUGGCGAUUGGCUAAUUUCAACAUUAUAUAUAUGCUUCAUAGAGAUAUUAGGAUUGAAUAGAUCUAUUUUGAUAUCUCAACUAAGAGCAGUUUCUCUCUUAGCACUUAUUUUUCUUACACUUCUGUUUCCUUAAAUUCUUUUUGUAUUUUACUCACAGUAAAUACUUUAUGAUAUUCGCGUGUUAAAGAUAGUCGGUGAAACAAUACUACCUUUUUUAAUCCACUCUCUUGACUAUUUUUUCCUUUUAGGAUUACGGUCGUGGAUCCAGGUUUCAUCACGGGAUAUGAAUCGAAGCUGAAAAUCCAACUCAUUUUGCUUAAAUCGCGCGAGAAAUGUUUAUUUGAAUGCGCUUUUUGUCCAAAGUAUAUACCAUCUGAUAAUUCGCAAUUAGCUGCAGCUUGGAAAAUCACUUACUACUACUACUUACAUCCGAUCUGUUAUUAGAAUGACAGGUAAAUGAUCUCAAGCGUGGAGCGCAAUGUCAUCCAAACCGGAGACAACAGACUGAUGAAUUUGUUAAUACGAGGUUCGGAUUACAUACCUAAUAUGGACUUGAAUUGUACGAGUUUUCUUCUUGAUGCCGGUGUCGUCAUUAGGCAUGUAGAACCAAGAAUAUUUGACAAAGAAGAAAACAGGAUUCACCCUGGAUACAGAGAUGACCGUUGUUGUUUUGACGUUGCAGAAGAGGACUCCGAUCAUGAACUUUCUAGAAGAACGGUUGAAUGUGGCCCAGGCUAUUGUAGUGAUUUAAAUAAUAAGAUUGAAAACAGUAAUGUCUCCCGAGGCAACUAUGUUAUCUGUGAUUGUUUAUAUUGUGAAAAACACUGUACCCAAUUUAGUUAUUUGUUAAUAUUAAGUCUAUGGAAAAUAUUUAUGUGCCUAUAUAAAAGUCAAUGGUCAAUUGUAAAGAGGAACUCGCAUUCGAGUGGGAUUUUGCUUAUUGCCGUGUUGUUGAUGUCUUUCGCAAAAGUAAACGGUUUCAACGAUGAGUUCGAUAAAAAGGAACAAUUGAUGGAUAAAAUUAAUUUGGAACAAAGCAUCGCUGCCGUUUUCAAUAAAGUAGCUUAUGGAAGCACUACUAAACGUUCUAUACCCGAUAACGUUUAUCCUGUGACAACUUUAGUCACUCCAUUAUUAACGACUUAUCGAUAUAUUAAUGGUAACGACGAAUGGUUGAGGGUAGACACUAUUCCCGAUAGAUCCAACGUCGAAUUUGAACAACCCGAUUUCGAAAGCGAGAAUAGUAGACGAGAUUUGGAUAUCGGAUACGGUGCAGACCUUGAAAAGGAUCACGCUCUACCUACAUCAGCUCCUGCUGCUGAUAUUCUUAAAAACAAUAAUAAUAAACAUUACAACAAUCCCAACAGAUACAACAAUGAUCGAUUAAAACCCGAUUUUAAUUUAAAUAAUAAUAAUGCCGAACAAGUUACUGAAAAUAUUUAUAAAACCACUACUUCAUAUAAUCUUCUGAAGAAUGUCAGACCGACAAAAUCCAUUUAUGGCAAAGAACCACCUAGUUACGUUCCACCAAGUCGAUCAUUUUUCACUCCUCCGCUCCCCCCAGAAUACCAAAAUCCUUUUGCGGACAAACCUACCUUAAGAGGCACAAACUCAGAUAGCUAUGCUAAUCGCAGACCUAUUCCUCCACCCAGUCUGAUGCCUACUAAAGACAGAAUACCUUUUAGGCCAGAUUUACCUAAAGUAAAUGUGGAAAAAGUACCUGAAAGACCAAAUGUCAAUAAUAAUGAGCAGUAUCGUCCUCCUAAUCCAAAUCAUAGUUCGCCAGAGAAGAACGAAAAGAAAAAAUCACUAAAUACCCCUUCUCACAAUGUAAGAGUAGGUGAAUUCCAUGGACAUAAUAGAAAUUUGUCCGAAAGUAAUUUUGAGUACGAAAAAAUACCUGCAAUACCUGCCAUUACAAGAAUUUUAAGUGGAUCCAAUGGUAGACACGAAGACAUUUCUGACAUACUUCUAAGAACUGUUACUGCAACACCUAAUCUUCAACAUUUUGAACCAAAAAUAACUAAAACAAGAAUUCCACCAGUAGAACCGAGUUCAAAAGUAGGUGAUACAAGCGAAAUUGAAUAUACGAAGCCAAAACUAGAAGACACAAAAAAUGAUGAAAAUAAUUCAAAAAAGGAUUUUAAUCAAGAUAACGGCCCACCUGAUCGUUCAGAAAGUGUAACUAUAAAAAAGGAUAACACAAUAUCCGAAAAGAAAAAUAAUCCAGAGGAUGUAACUACACAAAUGUCAGAUGUACUUAAUCUGCCCAACGUCAAAGAAAAAGAUUUGAACAAAGAGAUGAAUGUUACUAUAGCUAAAUCCGAUGAGAUAUGGUUAAUAUGUUGGAACGUUCAUGUUUAUUUGGUUGUGUUUGGAUACAUAUUAUUAGCUACGUUUUCCAUUUUUAAAUUAAUUCGUUACGAAAACGAUCCACAUAUGUUCUCUAAGAGUUAUUUUCUUACAAUACACUUGAUGCUAACUGUAAUAUGCGUGUUACGUAUAUUCUAUUUGGUGUACGAUCCUUACAAUCUAUACAAUUCUUUUAACAUUUUUCUUUACGAUUUUCUUCACAAUUUUCCGUUAAGUCUUCUUGCAACUACUUUUGCUGUAUUGAUACUGUUUUUAUUAAAAAGGACUUUAACGCAUCUUGAGAUUAAAACACGCCCUGUAUUUCUAAUAGCAGUAGCGCUACUUCAUAUAGCUCUUUGCUUCUGUGUAAGUAUUGUAGAAACCCUGGGUUAUUUCGAUAAAGCCAGUUUAACUGUUUGCAAACCUUCCUUCGUACUGCUGGCUUGGGCUCUCGGUUUCAGUUAUCUCUAUUUGUAUAAAAUCAUUAAAAAUGUUCUUGCAAAGAAAAGUCAAAACUUAUCUGAAAUGUGUACUCAAAAUAUUUCUUACGCUAGUCAUAUUACUAUAGCUGUUGCUCUUUUAUUCAUACUUUUAGGACUUGUUCAAGUUUACGCGCUUUUCUUCAUUAAAGUAGAUCGUUUUAACAAAGAAAUUAAACACCAUUGGAUACUUUGGAGUUUCGAACUGUCUGUUAGAUUAAUAGAAAUUUCCAUUAUAACUUUACUAGCUAUUGUAGUUAGUUUGAAAAUGUCUCAAAGAGAAAAACAGUCGACUGGUGGUUUCCCUCUAUUCCCUUGUACGACAAGCGAUUCAAGUACCGAUAAUAUUUACCCAAAUAAUUGCAAUACUAACCCUAAUGCAUUGAACUAUAGUAGACAAGAAAUGAUUAUGGAUAAUAUUCCUACAGAACCUAUAGAAAGACCAAAUUUACUGAAAAACGCUUUCCAAAAUGAUUCAUUCGAUAAAAAAUCCACGUUAGAAAGGUAUCAAAGCGAUAGUGAACGAAGUAGUAAUUUCGAUAGAUUUGAACGGCCGAAAUGGGGAUCGGAUAGAUUUGAUUCUCGACAAAACGUGGACGGAUCUAGUUUGAGUAAUUUCACACAACCGAAUUCGGGUAAUUUCGAAAGAGGUGCACACAAUUCUGUUCAAAAUUCUUUGAGAAAUGAAAGGUCUUCAGGCAGAAAGGCCUACGAUUCAGCUAAAUACUAUGUUAAACCUAAAUAUGAUAUAGAAUAUAAUAACGAGGAUUACGAACAGGAUAUGUUUGGAAAUAAUUCGGAAAGGAAUAUAUACAGCGAACCCGUCGAUAAUCCUAAUUCGCAUCAAUAUGAAAGAACAAGACACGAAUUCGAACGAUCUGAUUUCGACCGGCGUUCAAGAAACAGUUCGAAUACUUCGGGUCGUAGAUCGACAGGGAGAGCGCGCAAAAACCAUCCAAGGCCACACCUCGGAGUUCAAACAUUACCGAAUCACGACAGGCAUCAAAUGCAAGAUUCAAUGUUGGUAGAUGAGCAAGGCUUCGUUAGAUUUAGGCACAUGCAGGAAGAACUGGACAAACCUAAAAAAAUUAUACGCCAAAUUAGUGAUCAAAACCACUAUAGUGAUGCGUAACUCUACGUUAGAGCUAAGCAGAAACGCACAGACGGUGAGGUAUUUUUGUAAGACAGCUAGUUGAGUACAGGAUGUUGUUUAUUGACUGGUAAAAAUCGGUUAUCUUGAAUGAUUUGAUCAGUCUAAUCAAAUUUCACAGGUGACUGUAAAUAUUUAUUUAUUUUUUAUAAACUAACCUGUACUUAGCAGUUUAAAUAAAAUAGCUCCAAGAAUUAAGUACGUAGAAAAAUAUCAUUUUCUGUGUGUUUCUUUCCUUAGCUCGUUGAUCGGAAUCUGAAAGUCAAAAUUUAUAUAUUUUGGCCUAAAAUUUCUAGCCUUUAUAGAAUAUACGGAGCCAAAAUGGUAGAUUGAGAUAAUAAAUUGCCAUGAUAUUUUCCAAGUAUUAUACCCCAGAUAUGAAAUUUUUUUAAGAAAGAAUGAUGCGAAAACUAUCAAAUUAGUUCCAUAUACAAAUUAAAGGAACCGAAAAUUUCACACACAAUCGUGGUAUAGGUAAUAAUUCACGUUUUUUAAUGUAAUAAAUUCAACUUUUCCAAAACGGUUGAGUAGAUGUAUAAACAAAAAUCUUGAACAUAUUUUUUGGAUGAUAGAAUAUCUUUUUAUUUCUAUUUUAUCUCAUAUUAAAUAAGCUGAAAUAUCAAUACUGAGAAAAUAUUUUAAUGUAAAUUCUUGAGUUUAGCCUUUUAAAUAAAGUUUCAGAUAAAUUGUUGCGUAAAUUGUUGAAAUAAAUCAAUAAAGUAGUUUCUACACAGUAUUUUAAGUAAUUCUUAAAAAUAUCGAUAGUAAAAAUUUCAGAAUAAUGCUUUUCAUAAUAAAAAGUUAGAAAGUCAGAAAUAUUACAGGACCAAUAAAACAACAGUAUUACCAUUAAGAUGAAAUAGUGUAUAACUAUUUCAAAAUCCGCUUGACAUGGAGCAAGACAACGUGCAAUUUCUUGUCAAAAUAUAGCAUAUGAAUAAUGUCUCAUGUCUUAUGUCUCAUCACCUUCUCCGUAUUUUGUCAAGAAACUCCAAAGCUGCACCUAUUCGGCAAGAUUUGUGAUUGUCAGUCAACAUUGAUGAAACCCAACGAGCGCAACUGAUUAGUAACGAUAGAGUAUAGGGCAUAUCCGGAAAUUGUAUCGAUAAUUCACUUAUGGCGAAACUUCGAGUUUCCCUAAUCGUUUGGUCAACUUGCUAAAUAAUGUCGUCUGUAGUGAUAGACUUGCGUCCUUGAACCCCUUCAUCAUAAAUAUCAUUUCGGUCAUCUUUAAAUUUUCGACACCACGAAGAACGCCACUCAUAUAGGUGACUCCAUACACUCGACUCAUUCUUCAAUGGAUUUCCACUGCACCCCUUUCCUUCACAACUCGCAAUUCACACUUGGUGGGAGGAUCAAUACCAACAGUCAUGUUUAUGAGGCAGCGAUUAAACGGGAUAUAACGUGUUGGAAUCGCGUUUGAGUGGGGAAGAUGAGCAGUAGGGUGAUACAUUUCCGAGAAAAAUUUUUUUCCGGUGCUCAAGCAAAAUAUUAGUCUACAUAUAGAAAAAAAAUACUCACAAAGUUUAAGCUCUUAAUAUCAGUUUUAAGUACUGUAAGAGUCGUUAAAGUACACAAACCAAAACUUGAUUUAGGUAUAAAUCCGAAAAUUCGUCUGUAAAUAACAAAAAUACAAAAUUAUGGAUCCAUUGAUAGCCAAAACAACAAUCGUUCACUCUAUAGUGACGUCACUCGCAGCUGAUUGGUGCAAUGUUUUUUUACCUGACAAACUACUUAAAUUAACGAAUUUCGUUAUUAAAAUGAUCGCUUUUAACAAAUAAUGUGAAAAAACAUGUAAGUUUUAGGAUUUUUUGAGAUUUCUUAGAUGAGUAAAAAUAAAAAUAAAUUUAUUUCUGAUUACUGUCAAAUACCUUUUAGAAAUCCGAUAUCUUACAUUUAUUGAUCAGCUGAAUUCCACCUGCGCAUGCUUUUUAUCAAGAUAUAUUGCGUCUUGAAUUGCAUGUUGUCUUCUUCCAAGUCGUAAUCAAUAAUAAUGUAUAUUACAUCAAAUGAUAAACGACUUGUUUAAUUACUUUUCAUUUUUUUGUAAUAUUUUUGAAAUUUUUUGUUUCUUGAAAUGUUCUAGUUCUGUUUGAUUUGGUUAUAUUUUUCCAAGAAUAUAGUUAACUAGACUUUAAGAGUUUCUUAAAUUAUUUUUUCCCUAUUGUUUAAUGGAAAACCUAGUUUUUUCCAGUACAUCACUUUUGAAAAUACUCGUGUGCUCAUACUAGUCAAUACAUUAUUUUUAUUUUAGCUUGUCUAGCAUUCGUAAUUUAGUUAAUCUAUUAGGCCAGUAGUGCAAUGAAAACGUAUCUAGAUUUUGUUACAUAGUAGAUUUAACAUACGUCAUACUACUAACUGGCAAUAGUUGGUUUGUACAUUUUCCAUUGUGCGUUCUAAAACAAAUACAAAUACAAAGUUUGAUAGAAGCUUACAGUGUGAAUCAAUAUAUACUCAUUAUAAAAUAAAAAUAUAAAUUGGGCGAUUUUUAUACAUCUGAUUGCAAAAAACUUUCCUAUGACUAGACUAAAAGAUUUGAAAACAGUUGUCCGAAGAUUUCAACAUGAAUAUUUAUGGACAGAAGAACAAUACGGCAACCAAAAGAACAUAUCUUUUCACUUAUGUAAGUGUUUAAUUCCACUGUCUGUAGAAAAUGUGUUUACUCAUAUAUACUGUUAGUAACGUCAGAGUAAAGGUUAAUGUCAAAUGGUUGUGUUAAUCAUUUUUUCUUAAAGAUGCAUUUAGUUUCUGGGGUAGUAAGUAUUUUGAAUGUUAAAGUUUACAAUUGUUUUUAUUGUGAUGUCUGCAGUACUGUACUAAAAACUAUCCUUUUUAAAUAUAUAUAUUUUAUUUAUGGCUCCAGUUGAAACUUGGUAUUGACUAUUAUUCAUACUCACAAGUUAUAUUCUCAUUGAAAUGAAGAAUUGUGUUUCUAUUUUCGUAAUAUAAAUCUCAUAUAUAAUGAUUAGUUUAUGUUUGAAGCUUUGUCUUGUAGAUAUUCGCUAUUUCAGAAUAUUUUAUAAUUAAUUUUUUUUGUUUACUUUUAUUUUACAAUUCAACUUAUUUAGCAAUUGUAUGUAUUCUGUUUUAUUUACUUAAUUUAUACCAAAAAUAUUUCCCAUACUUCAAGCUACCAUUACAAUUGUCCGUUUAUAAUGUCGCUCAUUAGAUGAAAAUAGUUUAAAUUUUUUAAAAUGGCGCAGUACAUUUCAAAAAAAGCUAAUAUUUCACUGAUUGUAACCAGUGGCGGAUUUACUUCACUUUACUUUCACAAUUAUUACACUUUUCUUCAAUAAAAUUUUCACUUUAUAACUAAAGAACUAAGAUUUCGUGUAAGAUCUUUGAUUAUUUUCACGGCAAAAAAUUGAUAGAGAACAUUAUUUUAAGCAAAGAAACUAUUCAACAUUCAUAAAUAUAAAGUUCAUAUAACCAGUGAGUAACUUUGAUACAUAUUUGUUAUCACAAUCAAAGUUUAACAACAAUAAAAUGAAUAUUUUUUCUUAAUUAUCUGUUGUGAUGUUUUUAACUUAAACUGUAAUAAAUUUUUGAGGUCCUUAUUCAUUAGAUCUGACUCUAUGGAUAAAAUUAAGCUUGAAAUAAAGUAAAUAGUUCUUCACUCUUUUAAAGCAAGAAAAGCUUCUCUCAACUAAACAAUUUGUCGCUACUGUACAGAGCAAUACGAAAGUACUAUAUCAAAGUUAGAUGCUCUCGCAGAAGCAAAGACAAACUUUCUAAUUAAAUUGAUUCGUUAUUUUGUGCGCAUAAAUAAAGAAAUUUCGGAAAUCGAAUUUGAUGAUUUGCUCAUCAGACCGUUGAUAUAAAGUGGUGAUUGGAUUGUGCAAGUAUUUAGUGACAUGGAGAAAAAACGCACUGCUUACACUGCCACUACACCAACACUUACAAUUAUGCUGUCUGACACGCAUUGAGUUUACCUUCAGUCCCUGAAGACGAUAACUUGGUUAUCGAAACGCGCGUCAGACAGUGUAAAGGUCGAUUCAAAAACUUGACUUUCCGUUUGUCGUUCGCUGGUGACGUUUGACAUAUAACGUUUAUUGCAAAUUCUACCCUUUUCAUAAUCUUGACGUUGCUGCCGUUAACCUAAAAAUUCUGUUAUUCUUUUUGAUGUGCUUUUUGUUUUCGAGAUAUUUUUGUGUUUUUGUUUGUAAUCCAGUAUUUUUGGACGAUAUUACGGAAAAUAAUGAAGAGAAAACAAGCACAUCCAAAAUACCACCAUAAACAAACAAACAGAAAGAGAAAUAACCUCAACAUCACGCUCUAACGUCAUACGUCAAAAUCACGUGACAAACGCAAACGGGUGUGAUUGGUUCUUUUCUGUUGUUAUGAAAGUUGUCACGAACGGCUGACGGCGACCUCAAACGGCAACUAUGAAUGAUCUUAUGCAUUUCAAUGUUUUUAAUUUUGUAACAGCAAACGUCAACGGCAACGGUAAACAGAAAGUCAAGUUUAUGAAUUUGCCUUAAUUGUUGUCUCAGUCAAGUUGAAAUUUAAAUAUGAAUAUCACCAUCGGUUCCAGAAAUUCCAACUUAAUUGACUAAAUAAGUUGAAAACAAAUUUAUUUGGAUAUAAUAACUGCUUUCCAUUUACAUUCAAGUGAAUGAUCCAAUCGUCUGUUAGAGCAAAAAACCCAAUUAGGUCUCACUUGUGAGACUGAAAAGGAACGUACAUUGAACCGAGUUAUGACGUCAAAAGUGAGAAUAAUCUGAGGUUUGGUGUAAAGGGAAAGAACCUUUUGUCACGUAGAAGACCGUUUUUUCCCAGAAAUCAAAAUAACGAUUUUCAACUAGUUAACAUUAGUUAUGUGAUAUACUCGUAUGUAUAACCACUUCUAUUUUUUGGUAAAUUUUCUUCUGAAUUUGUAAAAAAGAUAUUUAGAAGAUGAAGCUUCAUUUUAAAUAAUUUUUGGUAUGUAUAUGUAUAUAUUUUGGAAACUGUGAACAUAAUAUUUGUACUCUUAUUUUAUGCACUUGAUACUUUACAUAUAUCCCGUUUGAAAAGAUAUAUAAUGUAGGUAAAACGACAUUUGAAUUCGAAAAAAAAACUUAUCAGUAUGCUAAUUGGACAAUAAUGAGAAAGACAGAAUAAUUAAAAUAUUUUAAAAUUUAGAAAAGGAUAGUUUGCUAGAAAGUACUACAAUAUCUAUAAAAUACUCUUGCAUCUUCAGUGUUGACUUAUGAAAUAAAGAUUACACUUAUUGUUAGAGUUAGUGUAUCCUGAAAUAUAAUAUGAGAUAAAAUAUAAAUUUGACAAGUAGCAAAACGUGUAUAUUGCAAAUUCUGUAAAUAAUAAUUAGGAUUUAUUAUUUUAAUUUUUUUAUAAUUUUAUACAUUAUUUGUACGAUACAGGGUGUUCGUAUUUAACAGAAACAAAAAAGGCAGCUCUAAUUAUUAUAUGUAGAGAAAUGAAAUGAUGAAUCUCAUUUUCCUAGAUACUUUAUUACAUAAAACCCUGUACGAUGCUUUUAUUUAUAGAACAAAAAUGACUGAAAUUCGUCUAAUUCAUUAUUAUUAACCAAGUGAAGCGGGCUAAAAACUAAUAUUUUAAACUAGAUUUAUUAACCGUCCUUACAUUUUAGGAGGGUAUUUUCGAGAACGAUGUUCAAUACAUCAUUUAGUCUUUUUACAAAUGUGAAAAAUCUUGCUGUGAAAAAAUUUAUUUGAAAAUUACCUCCUUGCAAUUCAUCUUAAAAUAUAGUAAAAACAAUUGAGUUUUGAUACGACUCUCUUAUAAUUUGAUUCAUAUAAAAAAUUGCAUUUAAAGAAAAAGUUUAUCAACUUUUUAUUGACAACAAGAAAAGCGCACUUUAAUGAUCACACAAUAGUAAACUAACCUGGUAUACUUCGGGAAAGUAAGGCCAAAAAAUCAACAUAACAUCAACUUUUUUAAUUGUUUUAGACGUCCCAUCUUUUUAUAAUCUACAACGAAAGGUAACAUCAAUUUUUAAACAGAAAAUCUUGGAAGAAUACCAAAAACAUAUUGUUCAUGUUAUCUAGUACAAUUCUUACUCUUUCGAUUGCAGCAAACUACAUCUUGAAAUUUUAAUGUUUACAAAAAGAACAGCAAUUAGAAAAAAAUAGUCAGUUUACGCCGCUGCUAUUUUGAAUAUUGAAAAUUAAAAUUUUCAAUCUUUUUUCGAUACAUUUCCUUCAUAUUUCCGUAGGUUAUUAAUUCUAUUUCAAUAUUUUAAUUAAACUUGUCUCAAAAACAAGUUUUUAAAUUGGUUAAAAAUUUUCGUAAAACUGAAGGUUCAAAAAAUUUUUUAUAUAGUGUUAUAAGACAUAAGAUUUCUUACAAUUUUGUUAACUAUAAUUAUUUUUGCAAAAACGAAAGAAUUAUCAGUGUAAAAGACUCAAUUUUUGAUUGCGCUUCAGUGGAAAAUGAUCUUGGGUCGACAUGUUUUCGAUUAGUGGGAUUAAAUUCCUUAGGGGAAAAUUGCUGAUAGUUUCCUAACUUUCCCGGUCUAGUAAGCUACAAUUUAAAAAUAAAAAUGCAUAGUACAGAUAGUAAGUCGAGAAAAAUAAAAUCAAAUAACUCAACAACAAACAAUUUGUGAAGUAUAUAAAAAGCGGCUAUCUCUAAAACACAUUCUUGUUGAGUGCGCGAAAGAAAUCGAUAUAACAUCAGUCAUAACCAACUCGAUACUCCCUUACAUCAAGAAUUCAUUGAAGUGUAUCACAGAAAUCUUAUACACAAAAUGUAUCUGUUAUCAUUUUAUCAUUUAUAAAAGUUAUUACAAGAUAAAUAUUUCAUAUGCAAAGGGUUAUUGAGCUGCAACAUCUUAGCAACCCGUACAAUAAAAACUAUUAAAUCGUCUUCAUCUACGUCCUCCACCGAUAUAAUUCCCAUAUUGAAUUGGUCGAAUUGUUGUUGUAUAAAAAUAAUAUUGAUGAAUAAAUGAAGGCUGUAAAUAAAUAACAGAAACUUUUGUCUAUACAUUGAAAGGAAAUGUAACCAAAUUAUUAUUAUAGUAAAUAUCUUCUGUAAUCUAAAGGUAAUACUAAAUUAACUUUCAAUUAUUAUUCUUUUCAGCAAUUUUUUCUCAUAUUGUUUCAACUUGUAGAGAAUUGUUGCAUGUAAUACCACUUCUCUCAAUUAUCGGUGAUAUAUUCCAUAAUUUCGUAUACCACAUGUUUGAACUACCAUAAUCACAGACCUCUACAUUGUGCCAUAUUAAUAAUUAUUCGCUACCGAUUCAUUUAGUCUUUCUGACUUCUACGUACUCCUAGAUCCAUGGCUAGUCCUAAUCAAAUAUCUGUCAUGUACAGGCCUUAAAAUUUAGCACUUUUGAAAUUGCGGUGAUAAAAGGAAACACAUUGGAUGCAAACAAAUAUUUAUUCAAAAUCAUGAAUAUGAAAUGGAAAAUUAUUUGUUGAAAAUAAAGGGGUUAAGUGGUCCCUAUCUCGCCACUGGCAUACCUGAAACCUGGCACUUAGUUUUUCGACAAUGCUUCGACACAUAGCGCUGCGUAUGUUACCCAUAUCUUGUCGAAAUGUAUUGUACUCGACUUUUAAGACAACCCCAUAAAAAUUUUUUUGCUUUCCACCACGCACUAUCUGGUAAACAAUUUUUUAUUUUCAAUUACUGAUUAUCACGAAAAUGUAUGCCAAUUUUGAAUACUGUAACACAGUCUUUUUCACAAUAAAUUUAUUCAUAGCAAGCUGUUAGGCGAAUAAGACUUCUUGUAGAUGUUUUUUGUAUAUAUGUAUGAUUAUAUUGCCAAUAAUUAACUCACUUGCCAUUCGAAUAUUACUGGGUUUAAUAGACUAUUUACCUUAUUUUUGUAUAUUUUCUACAGUAUUAUUCUUUUUACAGUAUUUAUUAUAUUAACGUAUAUAAAUAAGUACGUUUUUAAUUGUGUUUACAACGAAUUUGUUUUGUCUUAUUGAUAUUAGCAAUUCUCGAAUUUUCAUAUUUCAAGCUUUCUUAUAAGUACGGUCGUUUUAUUUGAUUUUGAUGUAAAAGAGGUUUUAACAGUUGCGUUCAUCCAUUAAAAUAAAUUUUUAUAAAUUUUUAUAAAGCUUUAAAUUAUUUUUGUUCAUUUACUGAAAUUGUAUAUAAGUUGGUAUAUUACUUUGUUAUCUUACUAGUCAGGAUAAAAAAUAUAUUGAUUCCGUGAAUAAUAUAUUAGUAAUUAAUAAAAACUCGUAAAUGCUCUGACACGGAGUUAUUGAACUAAAUGAGAAAUAAAGAGAACUGAUGCAAAUAGAGAAGCGAAAAAAAGUUCUAUCUGGUUCUGUAUGAUUCGCUGUACCAAUUUCUUAUGCUGAUUAAUCGAAGGGUUAAGAGACACAGGUAAAAAAAUAUUCUUUGUAUUCAAUGAACAUAUGAGAUUGGACACCUCGAAGCCUAUAUGCUUUUCACAGCCGACCAAUAUUAAAUUUACUGUCAGAAUUGUAGCGAACAAUCAAUGAAAUCAGCAAUAUCUGUUGAUUACAUGUAGUUGAGAGACAAAAAGUACAAUAAUCAAAAAAAUCAUUCUCUUCAUUAGAGAGCAUGAAUACUAACAUGAGUGUUCCAUCGCUUCAAUGGACAGCUGAAGAUGCUAGAUUUAGUAGAGGAUGCAACGUGCUUAUUCUGAUACGUAGAGGACGAUACCUAUAUUCACAUCCUUCGAAGUGUGGGAGGUUAAACUAUUACACCUGCGACCGUACGAAAUAGAAGAUGAAGAUUUUCAACAGCUAGAUCUAUUCCACAUCCUCAACUUUCUAAAAUAUAUGGGACUAAUAGAACAACUGUUAACACUGAGCAUCCCCAGUGCUGUGGCAAGAAAAUGGGACACAAUAGAUCACAGAAAUCAAUACUAUGAUAUGAUAAAUAACUCAUAACAUCAACAAUCAUUUCAUUACCUUGAAUAGUUGCGUCUAUUUUUAAUGUGAAUAAAACUUACUUUUGACUCUCUUAGCCGCUAAAGACGUAGGGUUGUCAGGUUGUAGGUUGUUAGUCAUUUUUUACAUGCCUGGGUCAGUAUUUUUAAACUCCUCAGUUUUCUCUGUUAAGUAAUGUUUUCAAGUUCAUGAAUUAACAAUUUAGACUUUUGCUAUUAACUCCCGACAUAAUAUUAAUAAGCUUGAAUCUAGAAUAAUUUCCUAAUCUUUUUAAACAUAUGCGUUUCCUCAAUAAACCAAAUAUCAAGUCCCUCACACAUUUACAGUAAAUAAAAUGUAAGUUUUGUCACAGGUCAUAAUGCCAAUGAUACCAACCAUUAAAGUAAUAUACAUAUACACAUUCCAGAUCUAAUUUCAUUAUUCUCUACAAUUUUGAAAGGGUUUCUUUCACAGAGAAAAAUGUUCGAAUUAAUCACUAAUUUGAGAAUAAACAUGAUGUAUUGAAUCAUUAUUGUUGAACUGCACAAUUAGCUAAGUAAAAAGUUCCCCACAAUGAGAAAUAUGAAUAAACACUAUAGAUAAAAAUAAUUUCAACUUUAAAAAUUUGUGUAUAUAAAGAAAGUCAAAUCUGAAAUUGUGAAUUGUUUUUAAUUUGUGAAUAAUAUAGAGUUGAAAUACUUUAUUUGGAAGAAUUCUGUAUGGAUUGUUAGAAGACAUUUUCUGUAACGCUGCUGUUGAAAUGUCUGCAUAACAAAUAUGACGACUGUUAUGUAUUCUGAUAUUCGCGUUCGAAAUUUAUGUAACAAGAUAUUAUGUUCUCGCCUCGCUGAAAAUUCGAGUAUUAUUAUAACCGAGAAAAGUUUUAUUAUGAAGUCUUUGAAAUAGUUUCUAUUUUACAUUCCCUACCUAUCUGCUGUUUGUUAAAUGAUAUUCAUGAUCUAAUUGUUUGUUCCUAUGCAACGUACUUAUACAAAUAGCUUUUUAUACAGUUUUUUUUGCCAGUACUUUCUCUGAAAAGCUCUAUUUGUGUAGUAUAGAAGGAAAUGUUUUCUUUUUGGAUGUCUUGCAAAAAAUGUUGUUUUCAAUAUAUGAUGCAAUAUUGCGAUUUUUAAAUCUGUGUCAUUUGUAUAUAGACAAUUUUUAUGUAUUUGAAAGUCGGAAUAUCAAAAGAUUAACUUGUACUAUAUAACUGUAAUAUAUAAACAAAUGAUAAAA